CAGUGGUCCAGGCACCGUUUAACUUUUUCAGUCAUUGGAGAACUUGGCUCUUUCUAUGCUGAAAGGAGAAGUACUAGUUGAUUGGGAUGACAGCGGAGCUUUGAGUCAGACGGCACUAAUGACAGCUCAUGACUAUGACCAGCAAGCGUUGCCGGCCCAGUGCAUGGGAUUUCCCUCGGUGGUCGACGACACUAUAUCCUUAGCGAAGGAGAAACUGACCCAGUUCCUUGCCUUUCUGGAUGGAGCAUAGCUGCCCUGAGUCUAGGAAGGUUCAGCCAUCGUGAUAUUUGUAUCAAGCCCAUAAGAGCUUAGCCUG